AUGUGUGUCGCUCAUACUAAAAUGAUUAAUGUUUGGUUAAUGAUGAUAAAUAAAAGUAAUAUUGUUAGUAACAACAAUAGCAAUAACAAUAAUGGUUUACGUUUUGACAAUAGCAAUACAAAGUUGAAGCAAUUUAUCAUUACAAAGAUCAUUAAUGAAUCUUAUCUCUAUCAAUUCAAUGAGAAUGAUCUACAAUACUUAAUGUUAUUGUUUAUUGAUCUUAGUGAUGAUGAAAUAUUAAAUUCAAUAGAUUUAUUACAUUAUUUAAUAAUGUUUAUUGAAUUACAAGUUGAUAAUUGGAAUUUUAAGAGUAAAUUACAAGAGUGUAUUUCCGGUUAUCUAAAUAGAUUCCAUCAAAAGUAUUAUAACGAUAGGAAUGUCUAUAAUUUUGAAAUCAGAAUAAGGCUGAUUAAGAGUCUCAAUCAGAUAUUGUUGGUCAGUGGUGGAGUAGGUACUCGUAUCAUUAAUUCGCUAUUAUGUUUUUGUUCCAAUUCCAUACUACGAUCGAUUCUCCUUAGUUGUCUCUACUACUUCUUGCCAGAGAAAAACCCUCUAAACAAUGAAGCUCAACUCGCCAACACCACCAUCCCAGCAAUAAGCUCAACGACAUUCGACCACAUUCCAACCUACAUCGAAGUCUACAAGACUAUAAACACUCUAUUCGGUAUAGAAUCAGAGUGUAUCAAUAUAAUAAAUAAUAAUAAUAAUAUCAACAGCAAUAACAACAAUAGCAAUCAAAAUAAUAACAAUCAACAUCCAAUUCCAAUUUUAAUUAAAAUAUAUCUUACACUUUCCAUCAUUGAUAAUAAUCCCAAUGCAAUAAAAUUAAUCAAUAGUAAUAUAUUUCAAAUAAUAUUCGAAUUCUUAAUUAAAUGUAUAGAGAAUAAUAUAUAUAUUGGUAACUCAUUAAAGACACUAUUGUUGAUAAAGAAUAGUUUUGUUAUUAAUGAUAGAAAUAUUGGUAUGGUUCGUGAUAGUCUUCCAAACAAUGUUGGCUAUCUAAUUAUCGUUAUUGACUUGUUUGGUUCGCUGCUUACCGAUGAGAGUGUCGCUGCUAUUUUCAAAUCGCUAAGCGACAAGUCAAAGCAAGUAUCUCACCGAGUACAAAUCUCUGUUUCUGGAGUUGUCGCUGCAGUGUUUGUCAAGUGCUGCUUACGAUGCUUAUUGGUUGGCAGUUGCACCGCUGCUAUCUCAAAGCCAGGUGGAGCGUCGCAUUCAGGCACUUCUGGAAACCGCUCCGCAAAGUGCAUAUCAUUUCCUUCAAAACUCAAUUUUUCCAAACGAAUCGUUCAAAUUCCUUUUGGACAACAUCAACUUCUCACCUGCUGCCAGUGA